CCCGCGCCGCCAGCAAGGGGCCGCCCCGCACCGCUACAGAUGUGGAGCAGAUGAGUUCCUCCUCUCCUGUCCUCCCUAUGAACUCCAUGGGCAAUGAGCGGGUGGAUCAGCGAACCUGCCUGAUCUGCGGGGACAGGGCGACGGGGCUGCACUAUGGGAUCAUCUCCUGCGAGGGCUGCAAGGGCUUCUUCAAACGCAGCAUCUGCAACAAGAGGGUCUACAGAUGCAGCAGGGACAAGAACUGCGUCAUGUCACGCAAACAGCGCAACAGGUGCCAGUACUGCCGGCUGCUCAAAUGCCUCCAGAUGGGAAUGAACCGGAAAGCAAUCAGAGAGGAUGGCAUGCCAGGAGGCAGAAACAAAAGCAUUGGACCUGUCCAGAUAUCAGAGGAAGAGAUUGAGAGAAUUAUGUCUGGGCAAGAAUUUGAGGGAGAGGCAAACAUGUCAUGGAGCAACAACGGAGACAGUGACCAUAGUUCCCCUGGAAAUGGAGUUUCUGAGAGCAACCAGCCUUCACCUGUUUCUACACCAUCUUCAAGUAGGUCCGUGGAGCUGAACGGGUUCGCCGCACUCAGGGAUCAGUACAUCGGCACGCCGGUGUCCACGCACUACCAGUACCUCCCGCACCUUUUUAGCUACUCUGCUCACUCGGCCCUGGUGCCCCCCCAGACGCGCAGCCUGGACCCCCAGUCUCACAGUCUGAUCAACCAGCUGGUGUCUGCCGAGGACCUGGAGCCGCUGGGGACGCCGAUGCUCAUCGAGGACGGGUAUAAAGUGACCCAGGCAGAGCUGUUUGCAUUGUUGUGUCGUCUGGCGGAUGAAUUGCUUUUCAGGCAGAUUGCUUGGAUCAAGAAGCUGCCGUUCUUCUGCGAACUCUCCAUCAAGGACUAUACCUGCCUGCUCAGCUCUACGUGGCAGGAGCUGAUCCUACUCUCCUCCUUGACUGUUUACAGCAAGCAGAUCUUCGGUGACCUGGCAGAUGUCACCUCCAAGUACUCUCCCUCUGACGAUGAGCUGCACAGAUUCAGUGAAGAGGGGAUGGAGGUGAUGGAGCGCUUGAUCUACCUCUUCCGCAAAUUUAACCAGCUGAAGGUCAGCAACGAGGAGUAUGCCUGUAUGAAAGCCAUCAACUUCCUCAAUCAGGACAUCAGGGGGCUGACCAAUGCAUCCCAACUGGAGCAGCUGAAUAAGCGGUACUGGUACGUUUGCCAGGACUUCACGGAGUACAAAUACCCACACCAGCACCGCUUCCCGGAUUUAAUGAUGUGUUUGCCAGAGAUACGAUAUAUUGCAGGAAAAAUGGUGAAUGUCCCCCUGGAGCAGCUGCCUCUCCUUUUUAAGGCUGUUCUACAUUCCUGCAAGACGAGUGUGAGCAAAGAGUGAGCCCAGCUGGCCCCCGGCCGGUGCCUUACGCUGUGAGCUGGCUCACCCCGGAGAGGGGCAAACGCCAUCCAGACAGGAGAUGGGCAGGGGCGUCCCUGCCCUUGUAGCAAGAAUAUUUUUGUUUGUUUUUGUUUUUUUA